UUCAAAUGACAAACUCAAAGCAUCCAUUGCUCCUUCUUUGAUCCGUGGGACUUCCUACGCUCUUUUGGACUGUUUUAAAAACAUGGGAUUUGAGUUGGAUCGUUUUAAAGGGGCUGUGGACCCAGACUUCAAAUGCAACUUGUGUAAUAAAGUUUUGGAGGAUCCGCUCACAACCCCGUGUGGUCACGUCUUUUGCGCUGGCUGUGUGCUGCCGUGGGUUGUUCAACAAAGCAGCUGCCCUGUCAAAUGCCAAAGGAUCUCCACUAAAGAGCUCAACCACGUCCUUCCUCUGAAAAACCUGAUCUUGAAGUUGGACAUAAAGUGUGACAAUCAUGCCAGGGGCUGUGAGAAAGUGGUGAAGCUGCAGCAUCUGGCGGAGCACGCCGAGAUGUGUGACUACUCUCCGGCUAAAUGCAGGAACAAGGGAUGCAACGAGGUGCUGAACCUGAAAGACAUGGAUGCCCAUAUGCGCGAAACAUGUGAUUACAGAGCCGUUGGGAUAUGUGAAAAUGGAUGUGGUUUGAUGCUCACCCACAGAGAGCAAAAACUGAACAACCAUUGCUGCCUGAAAGCCCUGAAAGCGCAUAAUAGCGCGUUGCAAGGGAAAGUGGUCAGCCUCGACAAGGAGUUUAAAAAGCAGUCUCUGAAGUCGAGUAAACGGGAAAAGUCCCUUCUCGCUCAGCUCUCUGCUGUUCACAACGAGCUCCAAAUGACAGCGCUGAAAUACCAAAAGAAAUUCACUGAGUACAGUGCAAGGAUUGACUCGCUCAGCAAGACCUUGGCUCCACCAUGCAAGGGUGGAGAAUCCAAAAGUGUCACAGUAGUCCUCCGUCGGGAGGCUGGAUCGUUGGGCUUCAACAUCGUAGGAGGACGGCCAUGUGUGGAAAACGAGGCUGGGACUUCAAAUGAAGGCAUCUUUGUGUCGAAGAUCGUGGAGAAUGGACCAGCCGACAAAGAGGGAGGACUGCAGAUCCACGACCGCAUUAUGGAGGUGAACGGUAAGGACCUGUCCAAGGUCACGCACGAGCAGGCGGUGGAGGCCUUCCGGAACGCCAAGGAGCCCAUCAUGGUGCAGGUGCUGCGGCGGGCGCCUCGGCCCAAGCCGGCCGGCCCCGCGGGGGACAUGCAGGUGGUGGACAUGGCCACGCAGACGGAGAUCACCUUCCAGCACAUCAUGGCCCUCAGCAAGCUGCCCACCGCCCCCAGCCCGCCGCCCGUCACCGUGCUCGAGCAGUACCUGCUGCCAGAGGAACACUCUCCUGCACAUGAGUACUUUGACCCAGCGGACUUCCUGGAGGGCAUGCAGCAAGAGAUCGAGCGUGAGGAGCUGGAGUACGAGGAAGUGGAUUUGUACCGGUCGAACAUUCAGGAUAAGCUGGGUCUCACCGUGUGCUACAGAACCGACGACGAGGACGAGACCGGGAUCUACGUCAGUGACAUUGAUCCAAACAGCAUAGCAGCAAAAGAUGGAAGAAUCCGAGAAGGUGACAGGAUCAUCCAGAUCAACGGCAUCGAGAUCCAGAAUCGCGAGGACGCCGUGGCCCUGCUCACCAGCGAGGAGAACAAGAACGUCUGUCUGCUCGUGGCUCGACCCGAGAUCCAGCUGGAUGAGGGCUGGAUGGACGACGACCGAAACGACUUCCUGGAUGACCUGCACAUGGACAUGCUGGAGCAGCAGCACCACCAGGCCAUGCAGUUCACUGCCAGCAUGCUGCAGCAGAAGAAGCACGAGGAGGACGGCGGCACCACGGACACGGCCACCCUGCUGUCGCAGCGGCACGAGAAGGACAGCGGCGUGGGCCGCACGGACGAGAGCACGCGCAACGACGAGAGCUCGGAGCAGGAGAACCUGGGCGACGAGCACGCGCCGUGCGGGCCCUUCUCCUCGGCCGCCACCACGCUGGGCAGCGGGCACCGCCGGCGGCCCGCCUACAGCCAGGACACGCUGGGCAGCGGCGACCUGCCCUUCAGCAGCGAGUCGCUCAUCAGCGAGUCCGACUUCCUGGGCAUCCCGGCGGACGAGUGCGAGCGCUUCCGCGAGCUGCUGGAGCUCAAGUGCCAGGUGCGGAGUGCAGCUGGAGGAGGGGGCAGCAGUGCCCUCUACUGCUCGGGCAUGGCGGCGGCAGCAGCAGCGGCGGCGGCAGCAGCGGGCAGCGGCGUCGGAGGAGGAGGCGAGGAGGGGGUGGACAAGGAGCUGGAGCUGCUGAACGAGGAGCUGCGCACCAUCGAGCUGGAGUGCCUGAGCAUCGUGCGCGCGCACAAGAUGCAGCAGCUGCGCGAGCAGUACCGCAGCGAGUCCUGGAUGCUGCACAACAGCGGCUUCCGCAACUACAACACCAGCGUGGACGCGCCGCGCCGCCACGAGCUCACCGACAUCACCGAGCUGCCCGAGAAGUCGGACAAGGACAGCUCCAGCGCCUACAACACGGGCGAGAGCUGCCGCAGCACGCCGCUCACGCUGGAGCUGUCGCCGGACAACUCGCUGCGCCGCGCCAGCGACGCAGGGCCGCCCGAGGGGGGGGUGACCGGCAGCGCCCCCCCGGGGAAGGCCCUCAAGCCCCUGCUGUCGCCCGUCCAGGAGGCCUGCGCCGGAGGAGGGGGAGGGGGAGGAGGGGGAGGGUCCGGCGGGCGCGGCCGAGCCACGUCCUCGUCGUCCUCGUCCUCGUCCAAGGACCCGGAGAGCGCCGCCGCCGCGCAGGCCGAGGGUCAGCGCAAGGCGGACGCAGCAGCGGCAGCAGCGGUCGCCGCUAACGCCGGGGGCAAGUCGGGCCGAGGGUCGUCGUCGUCGCUCCUGCAGGGCCACUCGCCCUACAAGCACGCGCACAUCCCCGCGCACGCCCAGCACUACCAGAGCUACAUGCAGCUGAUCCAGCAGAAGUCGGCGGUGGAGUACGCCCAGAGCCAGAUGAGCCUGGUCAGCAUGUGCCGCGACCCGCUGUCCCCCACCUCGUCCCGGGCCGGCGGACCGGGCGGCCCCGGCGGCGGCGACGGCGACGGCUCGGAGCUCGGCCCCAAGAUGGAGUGGAAGGUGAAGAUCCGCAGCGACGGCACGCGCUACAUCACCAAGCGGCCGGUGCGCGACCGGCUGCUGAAGGAGCGCGCGCUGCGCAUCCGCGAGGAGCGCAGCGGCAUGACCACGGACGACGACGCCGCCAGCGAGCUCAAGAUGGGCCGCUACUGGAGCAAGGAGGAGCGCAAGCAGCACGCCGUGCGCGCCCGCGAGCACCGCCAGCGCCGCGAGUUCAUGAAGCAGAGCCGCAUGGACUGCCUGAGGGACGGGCAGGGCGGCGGAGGGGGAGGGGGAGGAGGGGGAGGGGACGGCAGCCCGGGUACCGGGUCCGGCUCGGGGCCGGACGAGCCGCACAAGGAGCUCAACAUCAUCGAACUGAGCCACAAGAAGAUGAUGAAGAAGCGCAACAAGAAGAUCUUCGACAACUGGAUGACCAUCCAGGAGCUGCUGACGCACGGCACGCGCUCGCCCGACGGCGCCCGCGUCUACAACUCCCUGCUCUCCGUCACCACCGUCUAGAUCCCGGGGAAGCCGAGCGGAGCGGAGCGGUCUCUCCGCAACGGUCCCCCACCGAGCUGUACAUAAGACACUACCGAUUGGGGUAGAGAUUCCUGCCUCGUUCAAUGUGGCAACAUUUGUAAAUAUGAUACUAAAGAGAGGGAGAGAGAGGGCAAGACAGGGAGGGAGAGAGAGAGAGAGAUUGAGAGAGAGAUGUAGAUAGAGAGAGAUGGUUGAAGUCAUGUCAGGUGGAACUGGACUAUGGGUUGUUGAGAGUGGGUGCUGAGGCCAAUAGAUGCCUUACGGUUGGACUUUGGAAGAGAGGAUUUAUUCAAACGUUUAAAAAUAUGGAAAGACAGUUUUUCUCAAAUGCUCUCUAUAACUUUCUUCCUUUUUGUGCUUGCUGUUUUACACAAUGAAAUGCAUUUUAAAUUUGAACUUUGUCAUGAUGUUUGGGUUUUUAAAGGCUUUGGAAGUGUGCCAGACUGUGUGCCAGAGAUAAAUAACUGCCAACAUUUAGCAUUUUCUGUUUUUGAUUUUUUUUUUUUUUUUGUAAGAAAAAAAAAACAAGUAACUAUUAUCAGUAUUUUACUGUUUAUGCAUAUGUUUUGCAUAUUAAAAGGAAAUACAAAAAUAUUUAGCUUCAUGGUGAACACAGAAUUGUUUUUUUUAUGAAAAAUUCCUGAAGUGUGGUUUUUAGUUGAAAGUGAAUGCUUUUACUGAAGAAAAAAAAUCAUCCACACAAGGUGCUGACAUUUGACUCUUGAGUUCCUGACUGCCAUACACAAUGUUGUUCAAUUGUCUUUCAAAAAAACCAAUGUGAGACCGUCAUGUAUCUGUGGCUAGAGGACAAGAAGUCGCCUGUUUGUUGACGAAAUCGAAACCUCUCUGUUUGUCGUUGUUUAAGUCCAUUGUAGUCAACAAGCCUUUGUAGGAAUCUAUGUAUCCGGCAAAGAAUAACACAAAGCUUAACAACUCUAGUUAGAAACAUAAUUUGAUGUCUUGUACAAUGAGAGAAAUAAUAAAUUAUUGUUUUAUAUUUGA